GUGUGCGCGUGAGGCUGGCGCGGUCGGUUCGGGGUGCGCGGCGCGGCUGAGCUAACCGUUUCUUUGGAGAAGAAAACCCUUAAAAUGGCAGGCAAAGGAAGUAAUACAGACUGCAUGUCAUGCAGUGUACUGAACUGGGAGCAGGUCAGCCGUUUACAUGAGGUUCUUACAGAGGUGGUUCCAAUCCAUGGACGAGGUAACUUCCCAACACUGAAGAUAACUCUGAAGGAUAUUGUUCAGACUGUUCGGAGUAGGCUGGGUGAGGCAGGCAUUGUGGUACAUGAUGUCCGUCUGAAUGGCUCUGCAGCUGGUCAUGUCCUGGUCAAGGAUAAUGGGCUGGGAUGCAAGGACCUGGAUCUCAUUUUUCAAGUUUCUCUUCCAAGUGAGGCAGAGUUUCAGUUAGUUCGAGAUGUGGUGUUGCGAUCUCUCUUGAAUUUCUUACCGGAAGGAGUAAGCAAGCUAAAAAUCAGUCCAGUAACACUGAAGGAAGCAUACAUCCAGAAGCUAGUGAAAGUGUGUACGGAGUCUGACCGCUGGAGCUUGAUAUCGCUUUCCAACAAACAUGGCAGAAACGUGGAGCUGAAGUUUGUAGACUGUAUAAGACGACAGUUCGAGUUCAGUGUGGACUCCUUCCAAAUCAUACUGGACUCCCUGCUCUUCUACUAUGACUACUCGGAAAACCCCAUGUCAGAGCACUUCCAUCCAACUGUGAUUGGAGAAAGUAUGUAUGGAGACUUUGAAGCAGCUUUUGAUCACCUCCAGAACAAACUGAUAGCUACCAAAAAUCCUGAAGAGAUCCGAGGUGGUGGGCUUCUAAAGUAUAGUAACCUCUUGGUGCGAGACUUCAGGCCCAUGGAUAAAGACGAGAUCAAAACAUUAGAGCGCUACAUGUGUUCCCGAUUCUUCAUUGACUUCCCAGAUAUCCUGGAUCAGCAGCGCAAACUAGAGACCUACCUCCAGAACCACUUCUCCAGAGAAGAGAGGAGCAAAUAUGACUACCUCAUGAUUCUGCGCAGGGUGGUAAAUGAGAGCACAGUGUGUCUCAUGGGACAUGAGCGAAGGCAGACUCUCAACUUGAUUUCUCUGCUAGCACUCAAAGUACUGGCAGAACAAAACAUCAUUCCUAAUGCCACUAAUGUUACCUGUUAUUACCAGCCAGCACCUUACGUUAGUGAUGUAAACUUCAGCAACUACUAUCUUGCAAAUGCUCCUGUUCCAUAUAGUCAGUCCUACCCCACUUGGCUGCCUUGCAAUUGAGCAUUUCUCUUGAGAGUUCUUGAAUGGAGGCUACUGAAAGUCAAGAUGCUCAGUGUACAUAGACAAGUAAUAACUGUCAGUAGGGGGUUUCUAAUGAGAAUAUAUGACUUGCUUUGGACUGUAUUUCUUGGUGUGUAGUAGGACUCUGCAACCAGGUGACCUGUUAAGAGCCUUUCAGUAUGUCUCGGCAAAUGCCAAGAAGCCUUAUUGCCUCUUCAUUGGGAAAAGAGAACCAGCAGCUGAAUGUUUAGAGGAGCAGUUACAAAACUUGCUACUAAUCCUGGAAACAGCUAUUAAACAUGCAAUCUAGGUACAGCAUGAAGUUAAGUGUUAGUUAACAGAAAAGAGACUGUAAAAUGUCUUGUGCAGAAAAGAAGACUCUUUGAAUAGCAAAGAACUCUACUCUGUUGCUCAGCUUCAUUUUCAUAAUUUCUCAGUCCAAGUCCUGGCCAACUUUCUGUUAAGAAAUUGUGUAAAAGUGGGCCAACAGCUCAUGCCAUACCUGGGCUGCUUGUACUUUCUGGCUGUAUUGAACUAGCAACUAUGGGUACUGUCUGUCUUGUAGAGGGCCUCAAGGUUGUUUCCUGUAGUGCAUGGGGAUAUAUGGUCCUGCCUCAAGUUCAAGAUGAAUUUCUUGGAAGUUGAAGAUGGAUUAGUAAAUUUGUCUGUAAAGCAUGAGCUGACUAAAGUAACUUUUCUUGGGUACAAAAGCUUGAAAGGUAGCUUCUCAAAACAUGCACCAAAACAUGACUUAUAAAACUCACUUAUGUGCAAAGUCCUUGAAACAAGGAACUGAAGCCUUAAAUAGAAAUGGAAGCACUGUUUGAAAGGUUAGGGUGGAAAAAUACUAUUGAGGACAGGCUCAAGAUAAAGCCUUUGGCUUUUUCUUUCAGAAACUGCUGGCACAGUUAGAACAUAGUUCAGAUCUUAAACUGAAGCUUAACUUUCAUUCUCACAGGUCCACAGCAAGCUAAAAGAAAUCACUGUUAGUUGCAGGAUAAUGUGCACUUCUGUCACAGUAUAAACUUCCAAAAGUGCCUCCUAGAGUGAACUUACUCUUGUACAACUUCAGGCAGGUCCUGAAGGCUUGCCUUUCUGUUGCCACUUAAGGGUUAAGCUUACUGGUUUAUCACUAUCACUUGGUUACUGUAUGAGAGGCUUUGAGUCAAAUGCUUCCCCUCUGGUGGUCUUAACCCUCACCUGAAAAAGGUAUAUCAACCCUAAGCAGGGCUCUCUACAGAUGCUGUAUGUGACAAAAGUCUAAUCCUAUUUUCAGAACAGCCUCUGAAAGUGUGUGUGUGUAUAUAUAUAUUCCCUUUGAAGUGUAGGUGACUGACAUCAAAGGGUAGAUGCUGAGCUUGCUGCUUUGAGAUUUCUGUGCUUCAUAAGGAAGGUUAAAAAUUCCCCAGUUCUGUAUAUAGCAGUAUUAGAAACUGGCUGGUAUGUUAACUGGAAUGCUUUCAUUGAAUUGCAAUAGUAAAAUACAAAUAAGUGAUUGAGUUUCCUUUGCUUAACCAGAGAAAUAGACCAGAAGGACAGAUCUUAGAGCUACUUAAUAUGUACUGGUGCAAUGCUUAAGAAUAUCUAUUUGCUCACUCCUUUUUCUGACUUAACUUCUAGCUGUCUCUGGUAGCUUGUGAGACUGAAGUGACAGAUCAAACAAAAGAUUUCAACUUAGGAGGUAAAGCAGAAAACAAAUGGAAAACAAAUGUAUAGUUGCUGUUAGAAAUGGAAAACAGUAGCAGUGCAGCACUUACCUUGCAAGGCUAAAAGACUGCCUGUUUCUGGUAGGACCAAAGACUUCUAGCUGUGUUGCAAGCUCUUUCACUUUUCAUAACUAAUCCGUAAAGACUGCUUCAGUAGAGCAGUGAGGCUACUAGUUUGUUCAAAUUUCAUUUAGUCUAGGAAGGCAGGGAUGUAAUCUAGAAAAUAGAAAACUGUAGCCAAGUAUGCUUUGGCUUAAUUUCCUGAACAGUCUUGUAAGCAGCUUCAGUAGCAAAUAAAAAAAGAAGUCUUCUGACUUUCAUGAAAGGCUUCCUGAGUAGUCAGUGAUGCCAAAAUACUUAAAUCUGAAAGUAAACCAAACCUGUUCCUUUAACUUUGUCUUAAGUUUGAUAUAGGCUAUAGACAAGGCACUUCUCAUCUGAGAGUGACUGUUUGGAAGGGUUUUUUUGGAACUGACAUGCUUCCAGUGUUGUCAUAAUGUGUGCCAAAGUUGGUGCAGACCUACUGCCUGGAUAUAAACCUAUGCAUGAAUAGCUGCUGCGUGCAGUCAGUACUUGGCCUAGUAUAGAACAUCAUUAGAAAGGAAGGUGUUUUUAGCUCAAGAGUUUGUUGUAAUCAUAAUUUCUUAAAUAGCUAUUUUCAAAGCUAGCCUAAGCUAUAUGCCUUGCAGAAGUAAGCCACUACCUAGAGGGACAUGUUUGAUUUCCAUAUCAAAUAGCUUAGACAUGCAUCUGUCUUGUGGGAUCUCAUGGCUGAUCUUUAGAAAUUGCUUCUGUGUAUCAGCUCAUGUGGAGGAAGGGAUCAGAUGCUUAAGAAUUCCUCAUAAGCUUAAAACAAACUACCUUAUGUUUUGCCCAUCUUUGAAUGCCUUAGCUGCUGAACAUCAGGCCAGAUCCAUCUAUUGGAAAAGGAAGUGCUAGAAGAAAGACUCUCAGAUUCCUAUUGAGAUAGAGCUAUGGAGAAUUCAAGCUUUCUUCAACAGAUAUUUUGCUCUUGCUAAUGUAAUUUGUUGCUGAGGACUCCAUAGAAGCUUUAUGUUGAAUGGCUGCUUUCUCUGAACAGCUGACUUUCUGGAUUUUUAACCCUGCAGGACUGCUUUGUUCCUUAUCUUGCUCUUAAGUUACUCUGGCAUAUUAGAAUUAUUGAUGCUUUUUAGUCCGGAUGCUAAAUGCUAAGGUCUUGAAUAGUUAAACUUUAGCCUGAAGUUACAUAUUACCUACUGCAUUGGCACUAGCAUAGGAGAUGUUGCGAUGUUCUGUAUGACUGCCUUCAGAACAAUUCUGGCCUGGCAGUUUAGUUAGAGCUGAAAUACUAAAUAGCUUUGUGUCACUGUGCUGCCAACAGUCUAUCCCUUUUCAUUUCAAGCUGUCUUGGCAGUCUGAUGUUGCAAGUGUCAGUGGCUUAUCUGAUGUGUGCUAGCUGGUUUGAGUUCAGGAUUAUGGUGGCCCCUUUAGCAGGGAGUAACAUAAGAGUCAGCACUAGGCUAAAUUGGAGUAAUGACCCUAGCCAAAAUUUAGGCUGCCUGCUUGAUUCAGUCUCCCUUCAGGGCUUAAUGAUGUCUCUGUAAACCUGCUCUAUCCUCUGCUCAUUUCAGUGUCCAGGGGAGGUUAAAGAGACUACUAUACUUCAGACUAUCCUAAUACAUUCUCACUGGGCAGUGGCAGUAAAAUAAAGCAGUAGUAAUACUAGAGUGCAAAUUUUGUACCAGUUUAUCACUUGUGAGGAUUAGGUUUCUAGUUAAGUAGACUGCAUAGUUUAAAAUAGCUGUUUUCUUCCUGUAGCUGGUAAGUUCUGCUAGGCUAAGCCAGUCUGAGGUUAAGCAUCUGUUGUCAAUAUUUAUCCCUAAGUUCCCCUUUCAACUUGAAAAUUAUUGGGAUGCUUUCCCCACUGUAAGUGAAAUGAAAAUUUCUUUCCCUGACUAAGGUGCUACUAAGGAGACUAGUGGUGAACUAGGUUUGUCACUUGGGUUAAAAUUCCUAUGCUGAUCUAUGGUCAUCUGAAAAGUUGUAGGGUAAAGCAUACUUUAUGCUCCCUCAGCUCAAGUCAAGUGUUGCUGCUUCUGUUCUCAGCUUGUUCAAUCAAUCACUAAGCUGGAGGCUGAAGACUACCACUUGCUUUUCAGAGUAAUCAUUUUUCAAAAGCUCUUAAUCUUAUUUGAACAUGAGUAUCUUGUCUACAAAGCAGAAGCUAGUAUUUAAAUCUAGUCCGGAUACCUAAACUUUUUAUUGGAAGUUAUAUACUAAUAUUCUGGGACUGAGUUCUGGAGCUAAGCAUUUGGUAUGUCUUGUGCCAGACUUCAUGGGUUUCUGCUGAUCACCAGAAUACCUGCUUAUGUUGGUAGUUAUCUGCUGAUCAAUGUAUAUUAUGAGUGCUUGGAAAGAGUCCUCUGAGAGGACUUGGACACACUGCUUGAGUUAGAUUGUCAGUGUAUUGAGGGUACUUACUGAAUAUUACUCUCACUAAACAGCUCAUUGAAUCAGAGUGCCAUAAUUGUUGGGUACAAGAAUAAGCAAGAAGUUGGCCACUGUCACUGGCAAAUCAGUCUGAUCUGGGCAUCAGGAGAGCCAAAUGGCUAGCAACAGUUCUGCUCUUGGCAUCUAAGUCUUACUCAACCAUUACUGUCAACCACUUAUUAAACAGUGAAGUGUAUUUAGUGUGCUCUUUAAUUUGAAUGAAACAAGUUAAAGGAAGGAGGCUGGCUUGUAGUUGUAGAGGCUUUGGUGGUUGGGGGAAUGAUUGGAACACUUUCUCACUUGUAUUGGAAUAAAAGGCAACUCACUGAAGUGUCUAGUUUGGGCUUGUCUUUCUUUCUGAUUAAAACUGCACUUUGUGUUGAGAUUUAGAAGUAGUUUUCUAUGUUUAUCCCUUAUCUUUUUUUUUAACAAUUAAAAGAAGUCAGCUCUUUGAAAAUCUAGCUUGUAUCUCUUCUGAAAAAAUUUUUUUUUUUAAGCUGGCAGAACAAGUUACUAGAAGUAUUUGAAUUUGCAGUGAGCCCAAAUGUGAGAUUAGUAGACAAGUUACUGUGACCACUUUGCACUGUGGUGUUCAUCUGUCAUUCUUGGAAAUUGGGUUUUGGACCUUAAUGAUUCUGAAAUUCUUGUACAAAUAAAAUUAUGCUAAACA